CUGGUGCUGUGGAGUCGCAAAGUGAAAACUCCUUUAGAUUUUACAGAGGAGCAACUAGAUUAGAUACUGUAUUUAAUGUUUAAAUGUUUUAAUGUAUUUGUAAACAUUGACACUUUAUUCUGUGCCAUCCUUGCUAGAAUGUCUGUCCUAAACCACAGCGCAGAAGAAACGACAGAAGAAAGAAGGGGAUACUUAUCCUCUUUAAGCGCAGUGGACAAGGUAGAACACCAGAAACUUAUUUUACAAAGAGCUGAGACACUAGCAAAAGAGAAUAGUCUGAAAAAUGCAGUAGACAUGUUUUCGAUGGCUUUCAGGUGUGGGUCAGUAAGACCAGAACAACUGGGUUCUUUAGUGGACUGUUUUUUGCGUAACUACAAGAAGAUCGAAAGGGAGAAGUCGGGGGUGGUUACCCAGAGUGACUGUGAGUGUGAUGGAGAAGCAGGCAGUAACGUUGGUGCUCUGUUUGACUGUCCCGGUUGCCACAGAUUCCUUUCCGACCCUGUCACCAUAGCUUGUGGACAUAUUUACUGUAAGAGGUGUUUGCAGCGGAACCUGUUCUCAAAGUGCAGGAUCUGCAAAGAGACGAUAAAAACGUGGUGUGGCGAGAAGAGCAUAUUGAGACCGAAUGUGAUGCUUUGCAGUCUUUUGGAGAAGUGGUUCCCUGAUGAUGUCAAGAGGUCCAAAGUAAAUGGAGAAAUAGAAGAACAAGUGAAGAAUAGACAGUUUGAAAAAGCUGCAGUUCUAGUAAAUAAAAACCUCGACUCGGAUCCAGAUAAUUUCUUAUUGAAAACCUACAGAGCUGAGAUAUAUGCUGGACUUGAACAGUACACAGCUGCCAUUGAAGAUUUGGAAACUUUGUGUGUAAAAUCAUCCAACUGGCCAGAGAGAUAUUUUAGAAAAGGGAAAAUACUACAUGAUAUGGGCCAUAUGAAUGAGUCUUUACAACUGUUUCUUCAAUGCUUGGCCUUAGAUGAGGAUUUCGCACCAGCAAGAACAGAGGUUGAAAAGAUCUUGUGCGAUUUACUGUCUCCUGUUCCUGAAAGUGUAAAAAAAGGAUUAAGGGAAACUACCCUGAGUUCCUCACCACACCUUCGCUGGAAAACCUCCAUAACUGAUGCUCAUUCUGCAGGAGGCUUCAAUGAUAUGCAGUCUAGUUCUGAAGAGAAAAGUGAAGUGCCAAAUCCAUCUGAAGGCCGUGAAACGUCAGUACUGAACCAGGCUCAGUCAUUGCGAGUUCAAAACCAGGGGGAAAACCUGUCUGGAGAAGAAGGAUUGGAAAGAGUUUCAUCUGCUACCCAGCUCUUUGGGCAAGAGAAGGGGGGUCUACUCAAAAGGAAACUGUCUGCCUCAGAGCAAGACAAAUCGGUUUUCAAGGGAAGGAAUAAACAAAAGAAGCAAGGAGAUACUGAUAAAUCUUCCUGCUGCAGAGCAGUUCCUAAGACGUUAUUGGAUGUUACAGAUUUUGAAUGUUCCCUAUGCAUGAGGUUAUUCUAUGAGCCAGUGACAACACCUUGUGGCCACACCUUUUGUAAAAAUUGCUUAGAGCGAUGUCUCGAUCACACACCACAGUGUCCUCUGUGUAAAGAAAGCCUAAAAGAGUACCUAGCAUCUAGGAAGUACAAUGUUACACGACUGCUUGAAGAGCUAAUACACAAGUAUUUGCCUGAGGAGCAUUCAGAAAGAAAAAAAGUUCACCUUGAAGAAACAGUUGAACUCUCAGAUUUGACAAAGAAUGUCCCAGUCUUUGUUUGCACUAUGGCAUACCCCACUGUGCCUUGCCCUCUUCAUGUGUUUGAGCCAAGAUAUCGAUUAAUGAUAAGAAGAUGCAUGGAAACUGGCACCAGACAAUUUGGAAUGUGUAUCAGUGAUGCUCAGAAAGGUUUUGUAGAUUAUGGCUGCAUGCUGCAGAUUCGGAGUGUCCAUUUUCUUCCAGAUGGCCGCUCCGUUGUAGAUACAAUCGGUGGAAAGCGUUUCAAAGUCUUGGAAAGGGGAAUGAGAGAUGGAUAUUUCACGGCCAACAUUGCAUAUCUGGAAGAUGUAAAGGCAAAUACAUCUGUACAAGAUGAGGGAGAAUUUCGCAAACUCCAAGAACUGCAUGACCAGGUAUACAUGCAAGCCUGCACCUGGUUCCAGAACUUGAAAAAUAGAUUCCGGGGACAGAUUCUUCAACACUUUGGGCCAAUGCCAGAGAGGGAGGAAGACAUACAGGCAACUCCGGAUGGACCUGCCUGUUGCUGGUGGCUUCUAGCUGUUCUUCCUGUGGAUCCAAGAUACCAGCUCUCAGUGCUAUCGAUGAUGUCACUAAAGGAACGCCUGCUCAAAAUCCAGUACAUCCUCACAUACUUGCAGAGCAUCCCAAGUGAAUAGCCAAUGAGAUCUUCCAGAAGAGUCACUUGGUGCUGCUGAGAACACGUCUAAUUUCAUUCUGCUGUACAUGUGACUUCUACAGGCAUUUUAAUUAUGGUCUUUUUAAAGAAAGUUAAAAAGCAUAAACAAAGAGACCAUUUGCCACCCGAGCCUGAUGAAUCUGAGCUGCUGUGUCGUGUAGAUAGUGAUGUUGUAUCAGUAAUGCAUUCUUAUGGAAAGAAUAUUUGCACUAUGUCAAUGAAAUUCUGAAUACAAAAGGUAAAUCUGUUUUUGAAACUGUGCAGAGGCCAAAGGUGUUUGAUAUCAUGUCAGGUGCUUCCAAGUUUACAACACAUAAUAUAUGUAUCUUGUCUCUGUUUGCUACACAUUUUGAAAACAUUCUUGCACAAGCACUUGUAUCCAAACACUGAAAAAAAGGCACAUCUAAACUUUUAAUCCACUCGGUUUUAAAAUAAUUUACUUUUCCAAUGUCUUUGGAAAAUCUUGUAUCCCAAAGGGUUAUUUAUUUGCAUUGAAGUAUGUCCAUACUAUGAACAAAAUUACUGUUACAUGUUCUGUAUUUCGAUGGCGCAAAAUGUUCCAAUAGCCAUUUGCCCAGCUGUGUAUCGUUAAGCACAUACAUACACUUUUUAUCCUAAAGUCCACCUAGAAAUAACAAAGAUGCUUUGAAAAUGCAUUUCGGUAUGUUGUAUGUACCAGUAUGCAGCACAAAAUGUAAAAGAACAGGUCUGUUAUUUUCAAUUAAAGCAAUAUAGCAAACCAUCCUCUUCACUAAAGAUUAUCACGCAGUCUUCUGCUAAGUAAUGAACAUUUGAAAUUUAAAAUGCUCCUUUAAGCUAUAUUAGUAUAACAUUUAGAUUCAUUGGUUUGAAGUUCUUUGCCUUAUACUGUUUUGUAAUAUGCCAGACCACACAAAUUGGAGGUAUGAAUUUGCAUUCCUGCUGCCCUAAGAACUAUGCUUUUUUUAUUUUUAUUUAAUAUGCCUGACACUGGCUUUACUGUAUGUAAAUCAUUUUUGAUGUUUCUACGGAUUACGCAUUGGCUUGCAUAUUUAAUUUAUUGAUUUUUCAAUAAAAGACACUUGCAUCAUA